GACCUUCCCCACCCGCAACGUGACGAGUACGACUACGAGUAAGAUCAAAGCAGGAUAUUUUUAGAUAGGACUGUUGCAAGAUGGAGUCUGACGUCAGGUGGGAGCCUACGCUCAGAGUGUACUGUCCACUAAAAGCUGGUAGCAUUGAUGGCACAGACAGCAGACCACAUGACAGAGCCAUUGAAAGAGCCAUGAAGGCAAUCUACAAGCCUAAUAAGUCUGUACAAGGAGAUCCAGAAUGCACACUGUUCAUUGGGAGGCUGGAUCCUGGAACAACAGAACACGCGCUAAAAAAGAUUUUCUCCAAGUAUGGUGACAUCAUCUACAUCCGUCUAGUGCGAGACAUUGUAACGGGAAUGUCCAAACGAUACGCGUUUGUCGAGUACAGCAAACAGCGGUAUGCGUCCCGAGCUAGGAGAGAUGCCAACCAUUUAGCAGUGGACGGUUCUGAAAUCUUGGUUGAAUACGAGUGUGAACGCGUCUUAGCCAAGUGGAUUCCUAGAAGAUUAGGUGGUGGUUUUGGAGGCAAGAAGGAGUCCGGACAACUCCGGUUCGGAGGAUCCGAUAGAACCUUCCGCAGACCCAUCGUCCUCAACAAGCAAGACACAGGUAGAGGGGGACCGCAGGACCGACCCGGUAACAGACACGGUGGUAGUCACUACGACAGAGAGGGUGACAGACGCCGUGAUAGAAGCAGAGAUACGGACCGGUAUCAUGACAGGCACCGGGAGAGAGACAGACACAGAGAUAGUGACAGAUACAGAGAUAGAGAUGGUGACAGAUACCAUGAUAGAAGGGAGGGGAGAGACAGAGAUACAGGCAGACAUAGGGAUAGAGUGAGGGAUCGAGACAGAUACAGUGAGAAAGAAGGUGGCACACAGGGUGAGACACAUGAUCAGGAAGUCUCAAUUAAAAUGGAGCAUGACACACCAGUCCAGACUUCUGAAUUCAUACCUACCUCAGUCGACAGUUCAGCUCAACCAUUUGUAAUGAACAUCAAGCAGGAAAAAUUAUAACACUUCUCAAAUAACCUCAGCCCAAUUUCAUGGCACUCUUAACCACGGAAUUUGGCACUUGUGAUCAACAUUCUUUGCUAACGGCAGUUCAGGGAACCAGACUAGCUGACUUGCACCCGUUCACGGAUGUUUAAACAAUUGCAAACAACAUGUGGACUAACUAAAUU